ACGACGAGGACGAGAAAGAGCCGGAGGAGAGCACGUGGCCGCGCGUGGAAGCCGCCCCGGGAUACAGCGGAGGAGAGCUCCGUCAGAUGCACGAGCUCAGGGCGUCCCGUGACGCAAGCAGCAGCAGCAGCAGUAGCAGCAGCAGCAUCUCGGAGACGGCACGCGAGCUGUGCAGAGCCGUUUCCGUGUCGCUCGGACUGGUCUCCGCCGAGUGUCACGAGCUAGGUGAGGCUGGUGCCAGCCGCGCGCACUCACAGCCUUUGACGCUGCAGCCUCAGGUCCCCCUCGCGAGCGCCACGGACUACCUGUUCGAGGCGCCCUCGCUCGCGCAGAGCUGCUGCGCGCGAGACAGCUGCACCGGGGCGCGGACCGGCGACCACCACUACCAUCGUCAGCGGCACGCGGCCAACGACAUGUUCAAAGUGGGCGAGGAGGACGCGGAGGCGCACGUGCGCGCCGAGAGCGCAGCCGCCGCGGCGACCCAGAGCGACCCGGCUUCGGCGGCAGCGGCAGCGCGCGAGCAGCAGCUGUUCAGCAUCACCAGCCUGGAGUCCAAGGGCGGCGCGAGCGGCGCUGUGCCACCUCCGCCACCGGGCGCAAGCGCGUGCCAGUUCGAGCCUCAGCUGCAGCUGGACCCUCUGUGCCACCGCGAGAACCUGUAUGCCGGAGGAGAGUCGUACGGAAGCGCGCCCCCCCACGGCGUGAAGGUGAAGUACGAGGCGCUCGAGCCCUGGUGCGGGAGCCCGUACCCCCAAAACUACCCCUCGGCUAUCUACCCCCACUACGGACCUGCCCCGACCCAGCACGCGCAGUACGGAGGGACCCUGGGGCCGCGCGUGGACCCCUACGAGCGCGAGCACCAGCACCGGUACCGCGCGCCCUACACGCACACGCCCUACACGCACACGCCCACCGUGAAGAACCAGGUGGGGGAGUGGCUGGACGUCAGCGCGUUCGCGGACGGCAGGUAAGUGAGGGCUUAGGGGUGUGUGUGUGUGUGUGUGUGUGUGUGUGUGUGUGUGUGUGUACGCGCGCGCCUUGCUGCACACGCACGUGCGAGUAGCUGCCACAAUUGGUUUUCAGCUCCAGACAGUUAAUGCAAACCUGCUCGCGUGCCCCACUGACCUGAAAUGACCACAGCAGACUAUAUAUAUACAGAAGUGUAUUCUGUAUUAGUAAAUAAUUGUGUAUAUAUAACAACAUAUAUAUUUAUAUCACUGUUGUUGGAAGAAAAACCCGUUUCUCAAAUGGUCACUUUACAGGAGAAGGAAAAACAUACUUUACUUUUAAUGGAAGUCAAUGGAACCAGAGCUCAAAGUUUUGGGCUUUUUUCCAAGUUUUGGGCUGUUUCUUUUGGUCCACUCAUCAUGAAAUUUACACACAACAUA